AUUAAAAUGGAAUGAAACUAGAAACACAAGAAAGUUUUGGAUGGAAGUAUUGCAAUUCAAAGACACUCAAGGAGAACCGAGGUUUAAGGAAUUGGCGACUUUUGCGAUUACUCUCCUAAUACUACCUCAUUCUAAUGCCGAUGUUGAGAGACUAUUUAGCAGCAUGAAUGUAAUAAAGAACAAGGAGAGAAAUAGAAUGAAGUUAAAUCUUUUAUCUGCUAUUUUGAGAAUACGUUGUUGUUUGAGGUUGGAAGAAAAAUGCUGCAAUGAUUAUAAAAUUCCAGAAGCCGUUGUCAAACAAAUCGGUACCAAAGAAUCAUAUCAAUCUGAAAUGGAAGAUUAUGGUGCAAGCAAAAAUGAUUCGUCUGAAGAAGACGAAUUAAUUUAGAAUAGUUAUUAUUGAAUAAAUUGUGUUGGUUUACUAUAUUUUGUUUACUGAUUGUUAAUUUUUGUGGCGUAAUAAUAAAGGAAACUAAUAUUAUAGACACUUAUUAUUUUCUUUCAUAAAACAAAUUUCUCUUAGCGAAAAAUUUAGCGAGUAUGAAUGUAGUGACAUAUUUGUUAGUGGUUUUCUGGUGGUUUUUAAAGUAGAAUCUAGUGGAGAGCUAAUUCAACUGUUGGCAACACUGCGAGUAAGUACUUGUAUUGUGUCGUUAUCCCUAUCAUUAAGACUGACAGCAGUAUUAUUCUGUGAGGUACACAAAAAAACUACUACUUACACGGACACAUUAAAAAGCUGAUUGUUGUAAAACAAGUAAAUUGUUCUAUGGUAAAUUUGGUCUAAAUUGGAUGAAUAUCUUAUAAAAGUAAGGAUUUAAUAAUGGGACCUCUGUUAAUAUUUAAAAUGUUGCAUUGUAAACAAAUAUCAACUAGAAGAGGGAAAAAACGAUCGACAAACAUCAAAGCGGUAGAUGAUUCGUCUUCAGACGCUGAUGAUAAAAACGAGACCAAAGUGGAAGAAGAAACCAGAUCUUGUAGAGUUUGUAUGAACGAAGGUAACAUUCCGAUAUUCGGCAAUAAUCUCGUGGAAGAUGUGUCAGAAUCUCUAAGAGAUUUUGGAGGUAUAGAACUCGAAGACAAGGAUGCAUAUCCAAAAUAUCUCUGUUCCAGUUGUUAUACGCAACUUCUUAAUGCAAUUUCAUUUCGAAAAACUGCUCAAAAAACAGAUCAAUUGUUACGAAAUCCUGAAGAAGAAACUAUAGACCCAAUAGAACCGUCGCUAGAUGAUGACAAUACAAAUGGCUCUGUAGAAAUGGACGAUGAUGAACCAUACGAGUAUAAAAAUAAAAAAGUGAAAAAGGAAAGGAAAUGGCGUUGUAAAAGAUGUGAUUUAGAUUUCAAGGGAUUUGAAGACUACCAGGCUCAUAGAUUGUCUGAUGAACAUGAAAAUUUUAGACAGACCUGUCCGAUCUGUAAUAAAUCCUUUAUGCACUCGUCAUUUAGAAAUCACAUGAAACUGCAUGGUCAAGAGAAACCUUACAUGUGUGAUUUUUGUGGUAAGAAGUUCAGAAUGCAAGGGCAAUUUAGUCGUCAUCGAGCAACACAUAUUGAUGAUUUACCUUUUCAGUGUUCACUUUGCCCGUACCGUGGAAGAUUUAAUGAAUGUUUAAAAAUGCACAUGAGAACUCAUACUGGAGAGAAGCCCUAUCAGUGUGCAGAAUGUCCAGCACGAUUUGUGAACAAAGGCAACUUGACAAGGCAUAUACUUAUACAUAAAGAAGAGAGGGACUUCAAAUGUGAUGUAUGUGAUAGAGGCUUUUACACUAAACGUGAAUUUGAAUUGCAUUUAAAAGUGGACCACACUGGUGUCAAGGACCAUGUCUGUCACCUCUGUGGCAAAGCAUUCGGUUAUAGACGGCAAAUGCUUAAGCAUCAAUUGAAAGUUCAUAAAAGAGAAAAGUUGAGGGGUGGUCGUGUACCUGUUUAUUUGACUCUUGAGUCUGAAAGACGUAGAAGAGAAAUGGCUGAGAAUCAAAUGCUAUGAGUAUUAUAAAGGUACUACAAUAAAAAAUAAACUUUCAUUGUUUUAAUGUAACAAGCAGUAGUUUAUAAUUAGAUUGUAAUUUGUGUAGGGACUUUUAAAUAUCAAAAAUAUUUGCUUUACUAUAAGAAUGGCAUUUAUACUAUUUCUAUUUUAAUUUUGAUCACAAUAUAUUAUUUAUACUAUGAGUUAAAGUGUAGUUUAUUUUAAUUGAUAUCAUGUGAUAUUUUGGAAUCAUUUUACAAGUAAAAUCAAUAUGUUUUACUGUACUGAUUUUAUUAAUAUAUAUUUAUUUAUUAAUUUAUUUUCCUAUUAAAUAGAAAAUGAUAUAGCCAUUUAGAUAAUGUUAUAUUGUACCUAAAUUUCAAGAUCUGAAAUAAAAUAUACACUUUCUCAAAACUGUAUUUUCUUUGUUCACACACCUAACUUUUACAUAUAAAAUUUUUAGAAUAAACUGUAUAUUUUUAGCUUUGAUCUCAGUGUUAUGGGUACCUUCUUAAAAUAAAUAGAAAGUUAUUUAUUAAACCACAUUCUAGUUUUAAUAAAUAAUUCAAUAUUUAAAAAAAAACAACCAUUGAUAAAAAUAAAUUAAAAAUUUUUAACAUAAUAAAUAUAUUCUUAAUAAUUAACAACAAGUGAUAAUUUCUAUCUAAGUAACUAUUAAAUAAUCUUCACUAGGACCAUCAUCUUUGUUAGUUUUCAAAUAGUUUGGUGUUCUUCCACUUCUUAGUUUUCCCCUUUUAUGCACUUGUAAAGUAUGACGCAUCAGUGAUUUGUGGUAUACAAAACUCUUAUUACAAAUUAUGCAUUUAUGAGCCUUUUCACCAAUAUGGAGAGUCAUAUGCUCAUCUAAUUUUUGUUGAGUAAAGAAACCUUUGUGACAAAAGUUACACUCGAAAUUGUAAUCUUUAUUGUGAGUAGAGGUAUGCCUGUUAAGAUUACUUUUACUUAUGAACCGACGUGAACAUUCUUUGCAUUCAUAAGGUCGUUCACCAGUAUGGGUGCGCAUAUGUAUUUUGAAAUCACCACUGAAACGAGCUUUGUAUGGACAUUCCUGGCAUUCAAAUGGCAAUUUAUCAAAAUGGCUCUCACGGUGAUGGGUAUAUGAAGGGUCCAUAAACUUUUGUCCACAAACAUCACAUUGAUGUGUUUUGUUCCUUUUAUGUAAAGCUAAAUGUGUAACAAUACAUUUAAAUUGACGACAGCAAAAGGGACACAUAUCACUGAUAUCCUUAUGUUCUAUUGUGAACAUGUGCUUAGCAUAUACUCUAGAAUUUACAAAAUCUAUAUCACAUUUGAUACAGUGAAAUGUAGUGUAUUCAUCUUCUAAUGUCUCUUUGAAUCCAAAUUUUUGAUAAUACUUCUUAGAUAAUAUACCUUUUUUCAAUGCUUCAUCAACAUCAGAGGUCUCCUUAGGAGUAGAAAUGUCAACUACUUCUUUUAUUAAUAUAUCAGUUUUUUGAGCGAUCUGUCUAAACGUUAAUGCACUUUGCAAUUGGUCAUUGCAGGAGUGACAAAGAAAUUUAGGAAAUUCAUCAUCAUCUUUAAUUUUAACACCUGUCAGAAUGCAUAUAGCCUCAGCAGUAUCAUGAUUUUCGUCACCAAAAAUUGGAAUAUCACCAUCUUUAAGACAAAUUCUGCACGAUGUGGGCACGAACUCUACUCUUGUCUUUUCAAAGCUUUUUAGUUUUUUAUUUUGAUCCAAUUCUCUAGAAUCUUGAAUUCGACACCGGCGUGCACCGUUUGAGUCAGACAUUUUUGGAAAAUUAUUUUACCUACUUUUCAAAUACCCAGCUUACGUGCAAACCAAAGAAUUUAAUUGUAAAUAUUAUGUACUUCAACAAUAAACAAU